GGUCUUCACCUGAAGCAGAGGUAAGGCGUAUCAUUUUCAGGUUAGGAGCAUUACAUCUGGCAAUCACUUAAUCUGGACGAGAGAGCAUUUGGGUGAAGAUUUAAGAUUUGUUAAUCUGAAGAUCAGAGGUCUUUUGGUUGGAGUUUGGCCCUUUCUGCAGACUCACCUGCUGGUACGUGACCUCUGACCGCUGAGUCAAAGGGCUUUUUGGAAGAUCAUCGAUUAUCAUUUAGCCUGGCUAUUCAGUCUAUUGUGGAAAAGACUAAUUCCUAAGCAUUUUUGGCCUAGUUUGUGUAUUUUUGAGGACUAAUUGAGAAUUUUGAGGUACCGCCGCCAUGCCUUCCCUUCCCACUUUGAACAGCCUGGGAAAGCUCUGCGGCUCAGGAUGCAGUCAGCAUGUGGAUCGCACCCGGAUCAAACGCACAAACUCUGUCAAACGCAUAUCUGUCAUAGAGGAUGGACGUGUGGCAGAAGUGUUGUACCUCAUCCCGAAAGAGUCUGUGAUGCAACAGCUGCCGUUCAUCAACCCUGAAGACUAUUACUUGACUGAGAGCCUGACACCUGUGGCCCAUACACAGGAAGCUCACCACCAGACGGAGAAGCCUUUGAUAUGCUGUGCUAAAUGUGGGGAGGUGUGCAAGGGAGAGGUGUUACGAGUGCAGGCCAAACACUUCCACAUCAAGUGCUUCACGUGCAAAGUAUGUGGCUGCGAUCUGGCUCAGGGAGGAUUUUUCAUGAAGAAUGGGGAAUAUCUGUGCACUCUGGAUUACCAACGCAUCCAUGGCACGCGCUGUAACAUCUGUGGAGAGUUUGUGGAGGGGGAGGUGGUGACUGCACUCGGAAAGACCUACCACCCAGCAUGCUUUGUGUGCACAAUCUGCAAGAGACCAUUUCCUGCUGGAGACAGAGUGACGUUCAAUGGCAAGGACUGUCUGUGUCAGUACUGUGCAGAGCCCAUUUCUCCAGGACCUACCAAAGACGCCAUCGGACCAAGCAGUUGCGCGGGCUGUGGCAGAGAUAUUAAGAAUGGUCAGGCUCUGUUGGCUCUAGAGAGUCAGUGGCAUUUGGGCUGUUUUAAAUGUAAGGCCUGUGCCAAAGUAUUAACUGGAGAAUACAUCAGCAAAGAUGGCGCCCCCUACUGUGAGCACGAUUAUCAGGUCCUGUUUGGAGUGCAUUGUGAAGCGUGUCAGCAGUUCAUCACCGGGAAAGUCCUGGAGGCAGGGGACAAGCACUACCACCCCAGCUGUGCUCGCUGUAGCAGGUGCAAUCAGAUGUUUACUGAAGGAGAGGAGAUGUACCUGCAAGGAUCAACAGUUUGGCAUCCAAGCUGUAAACAUUCACUCAGAGGCGAGGAGAGACAGCGGCCGACACGCUCGUCGUCCGAGAGUAUAUGUUCCAGACCUGGUUCAAGCAUACCUAGCUCACCGGGUCACACCAUAUAUGCAAAAGUAGACAAUGAGAUCCUUGAUUACAAGGAUUUAGCAGCCAUUCCCAAGGUCAAAGCCAUUUAUGACAUUGAGCGUCCAGAUCUAAUCAACUAUGAACCACUUUACACCACCUCACUGGAUGAAUCAGAGGAGAGAGAGAGUGUGGGAGAGCUGCAGAGCUCUAGGAGAGAGUGUUCGCCCAUGCCAGAAGACAGAACCAGGUCACCCACACCGACUACUGAGGGUUACUAUGACAUGAGAGAACGAAUCCUCCACCGGUCGACAAGUCAAGGCUCCAUCGGGUCACCCAUUUACAGCCGCCACAAUUACACCCCCACCCUGUCACGCUCACCACAGCACUUCCACAGACCCGGCACUGAGCCGUCCAGUGGUCGGAGUUCCCCAGGGGCCAGCACCCCUCCUCUCCCUCUGACUCCUAAACAUUUUCACCUGCCAGAUCUAGGAUCAAACAUCUACAGAAAGCCACCUAUCUACAAACAGCAUGAUUCAGCUGCCUUUGCAGCCCAGAGUAAGUCUGCUGAUGACAUCAUCAAAUCCGCCAAAUUCCCCUCGGCGUACACCUCUGGUCCAGACUACCCAGCAAAGAUAGAGACAGACUGCUGGUCCUCCCCGAUCUCCCAUGCUGCCCUAGGAACAGACGGGAGGAGAAGGUCAAGAGAGGAGGAUGAGGAGGAGCUCCAGAAACGCAGACAGAUUCAGGAGGAACAUCUCAGCAAGAUCCAAUCUGGUUUGGGGAAAAUGAUUCUUAAAGAGGAGAUGGCGAAAGAGAUGAUCAGAGAGCGUCAUGCACGGAGCCUGUCAGCACAACGCUACGAACAUGGAAGCAAUCGAAAUUCACCCUCUAAAACAGGCUCACUGCCUGGAUACGGGCGAAAUGGACUGCAUCGGCCUCAGUCGACUGAUUUCACUCAGUAUAACAGUUAUGGAGACGUGUGCGGUGAGAUGAGAGAGUUUCAGCCCAUGCAUGAUGGCCACCGUACAGCCACCAGAAUGGACAGAGGAGUGUCUAUGCCUAAUAUGCUGGAACCAAAAGUAUAUCCAUAUGAAAUGCUUAUGGUGACCAGCCGUAGUCGCUCCAAACUGCCCAGAGAUGUGGACAGAACCAGACUAGAGAAAUGA